UGACCACAAAAAUAGUGAUAAGACGCUAGAUAAAGAUGUUGUGGUGUGGUGUGGUGUGGUGAGUGCGAUAGUGUAGUAGUUUAUUUACAGUCUAUCGAGUGCCAAUGUAUUUUCUCCGUUCCAAUUAAUCUACAACCUAAAUUUCACAACUUGGCAUACAAAUUUUUCUGAUUUGAUUUAACUUUUAUUCAUUGUGUAUUAUCUUAUCAACCUAAUCUGACUCAUAAAGAAUCGUUCAGGCAAACCGUGAACAUGUGGUCGAACAAGAACAAAGAAAAGGAGGGUAAAAAAGUUAUAACGACCACCCAAACUCGGUAUGUAACAGAAACGAGUCAGACUGUGUCUGUCAGAACAACGACGGUUGAAAAUCGAAAUCGUUCCAUCUCAAUGUCUGGGGCUCCACUCGGAGGAAGCAGAGACUUAAUACCGUCCAGCUCCAUGUCCCGAAUAGAUAAAAAUUUCUUGCCGUUACCGUCUAAUACAAUCCCAAAGGCUACUUCGGCCUCUAAUCUAGGCAGAACUUCUGUGGAUGCUCGGCCACUAAUAGGACAUAAUGUAAACUUGAAUUAUCAAAGCCCCUACCGAAAUUCAGCAGUAUACAGCAGCUUCCAGAACAAUUCUAGGCCUAAUACAGCUAAUGUCGUAUCACCGAUCAAACUCCCACCACCACCUAGCACACUCACCUCAAACACAAAUAAUACAAUUUUCCGCAGGGCUCUACCUGCCACAAUAGUUCCUGCCAGUCAACCCACAAAUAAAAAAAUUCAAGUCAAAAAAACCGGAAAGUUCUACGACAGUUCAGGUCCAAUUCCUGUAGCAAUCCCCACGUACGACACACAUUCGAGAAUUCGAGGUGAAAUUCUUAUAAUCAACAAUAUCAUGUUUAAAGACAAAGGUGAACGUCACGGAGCGAAAGUAGAUCAUGAAAACCUAGAAGCUCUAUUCAAACAAAUGGGGUUUAAAGUAACGACAGAGCGUGAUCUUAAAAGUUCUGGUAUGAGAUCAAAAGUGAGAAAUUUUAGUAAAAAAAGUUCUUUGAAAAAUGUCGAUAUCGCGAUUAUGGUGGUUAUGAGCCACGGAACGAAGAAUACCACCUUGGGAGGAACAGAAGUGUUCGGUUUGGACGAACAGGGAGUAAAUGUCGAGGAGUUAAUUGAGAUUUUCAAUGAAACGGACUGCAAGUACAUGGCCAACAAACCCAAAAUUUUCAUAUUUCAGUGCUGCAGAGGUGACAAUGAACAGUUUGUAGAAAGUGAUACCCAACGAAUCCCUGCGAAAAAAACGGCACUAACUGAUGCUCUUAUUGCGUAUUCCACAUUACCUGGGUAUGUUUCUCACAGAGAUCCGGUCAGUGGCACUUGGUACAUUAGAACUCUGUGUGAUGUGUUUAGCCAACACGCCCAUGAAUACCAUGUUGAAGAUUUGUUGAAGAUGGUUGAUGUCAAACUCAGUAGAAUAGCUAGCAAUAUCAGACAGACGACUAACUAUGAAAAUAGGGGUUUCAAGCGAUGUUAUUUGCAUCCGGUUUAAUAACCGAACUUGAACAUGUUAGAUAAUUAUCUUCACAAAUAUUUUAUUGAUGUAUAUUGUUAAUAAAUCUUGUUAAAUUGUACAACUUGACUUUCUGUAUUGCAGGAAAGUAUUAUAACAUGACCAAUAAAGUAUUCUAUAAA